ACGAUCGCCUCGUCCGAGUCGACUCAUCGGGCUCCUAUAAAAGACCACAAGCCGACGCACCGUGCACGGGACGAGCGACGAGCGAUCCCUAGCGUUUCAGCUGCCGGCGACGCUGGCCGAGCCGCUUCCGUUGGACAACUGUCGAUGGCACUGGAAACAGGACAUGAUUUGUUAACUGAACUGAGAUUCAUGGAGCUUGCCUUGGAGCAGGCCAGGUUUGCUCUCGAAAACCUAGAAGUUCCAGUUGGAUGUGUUAUUGUGGAGGAUGGAAAAGUCAUAGCCUCGGGUAGCAACCGUACCUCAGCAACACGAAAUGCUACUAGACAUGCAGAAAUGGAAGCUAUUGAUGCGUUACUUGAGGAGUGGCAAAAGCUUGGUCUUGGUCAAUCAGAAGUUGCAGAGAAAUUUUCAAGAUGUGAUCUAUAUGUUACAUGUGAACCAUGCAUAAUGUGUGCAACGGCUUUGUCCAUUCUUGGAAUAGGAAAAGUAUUUUACGGUUGUUCCAAUGAUAAAUUUGGAGGUUGUGGAUCUGUCUUAUCCCUACAUGAAAGUGCUUCUGAAAAAUUGUCCAGAGGUGAUUUACAAGCAAAGAGUUUCAAAUGUACUGGAGGUCUAAUGUCAGAAGAAGCUGUUGCACUUUUCCGAAAUUUCUAUGAACAAGGAAAUCCCAAUGCUCCAAAGCCUCACCGACCUGUCCGAAUGCCUCAAUCAACAGAAUAAAGUUGACUUUCUUAUUCAUUGAUGUCGCAUUUCCCGAACUCCAUGUAUCUGGUACAGCUUCUUGUAUGUUGAAAAGCUUUUGAGAGAGACACUGGGGAUCAUAAGCGUGAUACAUUCCACACGAGGACAGCUGAAUGCACCAAGACAAUCAUCCUUAUCAGUUGAUGAUUGCCUUAAGCUUAAGCUGUUACCCUCGUGCUUUUCUUACAAGGAACAUAGUCAAUUAAAAUUAGAGUCGAAGGACCCAAAUCAUGUAACUUAAGUUUUUAAUUGUAUGUUUUCAGAGAAAGUUAUAUUAAUUGUCUCAUAAGCAGCAUUAUCUGACUGAUUUUAUACAGGUGAAAUUUGUUUUGCUUGCAUUAUUAUUGUGAAAGAACUGAAGUAUUUCAAAUUAAAAGUAUAAUUUCUGUGCAUAAUGAGUUCUACAAAUUGAAUCUUAUGCAUUAUUCUCAGGUGACUUGCUCUAUCAGAUAGGUCAUUUACAUAUGAUUUAAGCUGCUUUUAGUCUCUCGCUGGAGUCUAUGCAUUGAAAGGUUCUAUUCAGGGGACCUGGACAUGGAAAUGCAUCCUUGAAGAGUUUAUGAUUUGUACAGCCUGGUAAAGAACACUUCCAUGCCUUCUCUUUGAGCCCUAUGUAUGCCUGCAAUUCACAGGAAAACUAGCAAGCAGAAACUUCGAUCACUCCUUGAUGCUAAAAAGGCAAUGCUUCAUUCACAAUGAAGCCCAUCCUGAAAGCCAAGACCACAAGACUUGCCAUGAAACUUAUUGAGAGCUCAAACAACACAAAAUACAAGCAUCUGUACCACAAAAUAAAGAUCAGAAAGGAACUGAUCUCGUUCGGCGGAGCUGGUAUUUUGUUUCUGGUUGUGGUUCAUGAAUUGCUGAUUCCAAUUCCUGCAAAUAAAACAAAGGAGGGAGAUCUUGUUCUCCAGCUCAUUCAUGUAAGCCUGUGUAAAGAGUGAAGCAACCUUAAAACGGAGAAGAGGAAGCCAACACCUUGCCUUCGCUGUAGAUGACUCCACGGUGGGGAAGUAGAGUGACCCACCUGCUUCCUUGCUCGCGACCGUGCAGCUGACUCCCGGUUCUUGAUCAGCCUCUUGUGCCUCCUUUCCGUGGUCUUCUCCGAGACUUCUCCUCCUGCCGCCCUCUUCCGCCCUGGCGUCUGCGGAUCGGACGUCGCUGGGUUGUCACUGGCCAACGCUGAAGCUUGCAGCUGUUGAUGAUGGUGAUCACAAUGGCGAUGCUGCAACCAGUGCUCGCGAGGCAUGAAGGCAAUACAAGAGUCUUCAGCUCCCACCUCGGCAUUCACCAGGAAGUCUUCUAGGAUCAUCUCACCCAGCGCAGGCUGCUGCUCUCUACUCUCCUUCCUCCUCCGUUGUCGGAUGUCCCUCUCCACCUCGUCCGCCAUCGUCCUGUUCACUGCAUGAGGCGCCGGAAUGCUUCCCUCGCAGCCGCAGCCUCUGUCGGCUUCCAUCAUUGCCCGGUUCAUAGGCCCACCCUGGCGGCUUUGGAGCUCACCAAUCUCCGUCGGUUGCCACCGCCCUCAGUUGCCCUCGUCCCGAACCUCAUUCAUCAACUUCCUUUGCUCUCAGUGCUCGACCAAAUCCACCAAAGAUUGCACGCAAGACUCGACACCCCUCCGAUCUGCAAGACCAAAACAAAACAUCCAAUGAAGAGGAACUAAUCAAAUCCAAGAUUGUAAUCAGCCAGAGGAACACAGAAGACAUCUGAACUGGUCUUCUGCAGGAGUUCUCCCACCUGAAUUCUCAAUUCUACACCAAGGAGCUCUCUCUCCUACAUAAGAUUUCCUCCGAUGACAGACUCAGCUUUAAUCUAACGAGAGAAAGGACAGCCAAGCAUUCGAGAUCA